CAAAAAACCACUAUAUAUAUAAUCCUCGCAACUUCAAUUUACAAUACCGGUGUCUGUACCAUUGGCAUACCGGCAUUGUUCUCUCCAUAAUUCCAACUUCUUCAUCUUCUUCGCCUUACUCAUAUCCAUGGAGUCAAUGCUCGGUGACGGCUGGCCUUCUUUUGACCCCAAAAAUUUUAGCCAGCUCCGACCUUCUAAUUCCUCCACUUCCUCUAAAAUGACACCAGUAACCUAUUGCCCUACUCAUGAUCGGACUCUUCCUCCGCCAAAUCAAGUUAUUUGCUCAGACACCAAAGAUAUACUUGUUCGGCACUUGGAGCAGCGUGCUGAAGAGAAGUCGAGACUCAAGAGAGCGGCUCCAGAUAAUCUGACACCAGGGAAUGGAGCUAAGCAUCAUAAGAGCUCCAGCUAAGAUGCUUCUUGCAAAAAAAUAAGUUCUGCAAGUGAAUAUAGAUAUUGGAACAAAGAUACAUACAAUUGUAGAUGUUGUUAUUGGUGGGAACUCAUAAAUGGCUUGUUUUGCCAAUUGUUAUAGAGUAAUGGAGGUGUACAUUAUUCGAAAUGUGAAAUUGGAUCAUCCAAUUUAAUACUCUAUUAUAGUGUUGUUGUUUUUCUUGAA